GCACUGGCUCUCUCCAUCCAAAGCUGCAGCUCAGCACAGAGCCAGGCCCAGCACCAGAGGCAGAGGAUGAGCAAAGGACGUGCAGGAAGGUCUGAAUCCCGAACCGCCUCCGCUGCCACAAAAAGGAAAGAAGAUCCUGCGAGGAGCAUAAAAGACUGCUGGGAUAGCCCGAAUGCCCCUGCACUUUCCACUUGCAGCAAUGCGGAUAUAUUCCGCCAAAUAAAUGCCAUGUUGGACAACUCUCUGGAUUUCAGUGGAGUCUGCACCACGCCUGUCACAAAAAGCAAAUGUGACAUCCUGCCAGACAUCCAGGACUCUGAAGAAGCAGUGGCAAGCAGGAUGCUCUUCCCUACGUCCACGCAAGAGUCUUCCCGUGGCCUCCCAGACACCAACGAUCUGUGCCUUGGCCUGCAGUCUCUCAACCUGACAGGGUGGGACAGACCCUGGAGCACCCAGGACUCUGACACUGCAGCACAAACCAGCACACAGUCCGUUCUCAGCAUGCUGAGUAACCCUCUUGGGAACGUCCUGGGGAAGCCCCCGCUGGGUUUUCUGCCUUUAGACCCCAUUGGUUCAGACCUGCCAGAAAAGUUUUCCACACCACCGCCGCUGAGGAACUCCCGCUCCCUCCUGGACUCGCGCUCCAGCAGCCCCUCGGACUCGGACACCAGUGGGUUCAGCUCUGGUUCUGACCACAUCUCAGACUUGAUUUCAAGCCUUCGCAUAUCCCCUCCUCUGCCCUUCUUGCCUCUCAGUGGGGUGUCAAGAGACCCCUUGAAGAUGGGAGUGGGAUCCCAGCUGGAUCAAGAUCAAGCUGCCCUGGCUGCAGUAACUUCCUCCCCGGCCAGUGCAUCGAAAAGAUGGCCUGGAGCAUCUGCGUGGCCUUCCUGGGAUCUUCUGGACUCUCCGGAAGACCCCUUCAAUAUUGAAAGAGAAGCCCGGCUUCAUCGGCAGGCGGCAGGUCCAAGCCGGACUCUGGCUCUAUCUGCUGAGAGAACAGCUGUGAGCGAAGCAACCUGCACCUGGAGUGGGCAGCUGCCUCCCCGAAACUACAAGAACCCUGUCUACUCCUGCAAAGUGUUCCUGGGUGGAGUCCCAUGGGACAUUACAGAAGCUGGGCUGAUCAACACUUUCCGUGUUUUUGGCUCCCUGAGUGUGGAGUGGCCUGGUAAGGAUGGCAAACACCCACGCUGUCCUCCCAAAGGUAAUAUGCCUAAAGGAUACGUCUACCUGGUGUUUGAGUCAGAGAAGUCGGUGCGUGCACUGCUCCAGGCCUGCUCCCGGGACCUGUCGAGCCCUGACGGGCUCAGUGAGUACUACUUCAAGAUGUCCAGCCGCAGGAUGCGCUGCAAAGAGGUGCAGGUGAUCCCGUGGGUGCUGGCCGACAGCAACUUUGUGCGCAGCCCCUCGCAGCGGCUGGAACCCAGCAAGACGGUGUUUGUGGGGGCCCUGCAUGGGAUGCUCAACGCAGAGGCCCUGGCAGCCGUCAUGUACGACCUGUUUGGAGGGGUGGUCUAUGCUGGCAUCGACACUGACAAGCACAAGUAUCCCAUAGGGUCGGGCCGUGUCACCUUCAACAACCAGCGCAGUUAUCUGAAGGCUGUGACUGCUGCAUUUGUGGAGAUCAAAACCACCAAGUUUACCAAGAAGGUUCAGAUCGACCCGUACCUGGAGGACUCCAUGUGCCAAGUGUGCAGUACCCAGCCUGGCCCAUUCUUCUGCAGAGACCAGAUCUGCUUCAAGUACUUCUGCCGCUCGUGCUGGCACUGGCAGCACUCCAUGGAGGUCCUGCGCCACCACCGCCCGCUGAUGCGCAACCAGAAGAACCGGGACUCCAGCUAAGGAGCCACCGGGGCACGGGGCUGGCACGGGCAGAGUCCUGGGAGAACCUGCCACGAGGAGAGCGCAGCAGCGCCUGCCGGAGCCAGGCCCGGCUGGGAACGUUCUUCCUGAGGACUGAUGGGGAAAAAACAAAAAUCUUACAUUCAUGUUUGCACUUGCUGGUCUUUUUGUUUCUGCACUAAUGCACAGUGAGUUUUGUUGGGGUUUGUUUGAGGGUGUUUUGAGGGGGGGAGUGCCCCUCAAGCCAUUCUGCAGUUCCCAGACUUUGGUUCCAGGUUUGCUGACAAGAAGCAAAAAUUGAAAAUGAAUAAACCCAACCAACCAAGGGCCAUGUGUCGCGGAGGCGUUGCCGCAGGCGCCUCCGCCCUGGUUUUUUUUAUUUUUUAAAGGCGCUUUUUUACAUUCCUUGCAAUACUGGUGGAGAGAGCGCAGGUCUCAUUGGUCAUUGUUUUGCCGUUGCCAUACAGUGCCUUUCCAUUCAUUUACCCCCACCUGGAUGGUGUGACCUGGGUGUUCAGCUGGCGUUUUUUACUGUAACAACAAGGAGACUUUGCUCUUCAUUUAAACCAAAUCAUAUUUCAUAUUUUACGCUCGAGGGUUUUUACAACUUCCUUUUUACACUCUUAAAAACAGUUUUUAAGUCGUUUGAAAUGAGAGAUUUUUUUCUUUUCCUGGCAGCUUUUAACAUUAUUGCAAUUUGUGUCUGGGGGCUGAUGGCAGGACGUUGUAAAUCUGGGGGUUUGCAACGGGACAGGCCGGGCUGUUUUUUGUUUUUGGAGUUGAAACUGGACGGGAUGAGGAUCUCUGAGCUGCUGUAUAUAGUUUUAAAUAGUUUGUUGCACUUUUUUAAGUUGCACUUAUGGGGGGUUGAUAGAGGUUUUUAAUCACACAAAGUCACAGGACUUACCUUUUCUUUUGUAACAAGCUAAAAAAGGGCUGCGUUCUGGUGGACGAUGAAGGUUCCUGGGAGCCCUUUCUCUUAGAGGGGACAAGUAAUUUUCCUUUCCUUCCCGAGACGUUUGGAGUAUCAGUGCAGUCGACUGAAAUGCUGCUGCUGGGAUUUGAGACCUUAAUUAUGCUGAUCAUUAUUAUUUUGUUACUUUCCCCUCUAUUGGAAGCUGUGUGCCAAAGAACCAGUGUCAUAAUUUCUCCCUCUUUACUAUGAUUAUUUUUUUUUCUUUCCUGCUGAGCUGAUGUUGCAUUGUUGCAUAUCCCAGCUGCUCUUUGUGGGGUUUUGUGAAGCUGUGUGUGAAGUCUCUACCUCAUUGUAGUAUAUGCAGGCAAGACUGCACUCUCCUACAGACGUGUGGAGUAAGCUGUGGUGUAGUUUUUGGCACAUAAUAAACACGUUGCAGCAAAAAAAAAAAAAA